AUGGCAGAUACAGUGCCGAUAAUAGAUUUUUCUGCUUAUGGUUUACAAAUAACAGACAGGGACUCGGUGUCGAAUUCGGAGUUAGAUAUACUUGCAAGCAACGUCUGUCAAGCUCUGAGCACAGUCGGGUUUCUGUACAUCAAAAAUCACGGAAUGCCACAAAAGAAGAUUGACGAUUUCUUUAGAAUUAACAAGACAUUUUUCACCCAACCGGAAUGCGUGAAGGCAACAUGCGAAUCUCCAACCGGCGGAUUAAAUGGAUACCAAGGCUUUGCGAAGGAACGGCUGGACCUGUCCAAGCCAGGAGACCUCAAAGAAUCAUUUAACUAUACGUCCUACGAUGGGCCAAUUGACAUUCAAUGGCCGGUCAGCGUGCUUGGAAUGGGGGCUGCAUAUGACGAGUUCUAUGAGCAAAGCACCAAGCUGUCACUCCGGAUCCUUGACGUCAUAUCACUUUGUAUUGGGUUCUCGGAUAGGAAUUUCCUCCGUAACUGUCAUCAAAGCUUUGGCAGCAGGAAGAGCCCAGGAACCCUGCGAAGCCUGUACUAUCCGCCUCUACCUGCAUCUGCCUCUAUAGAGCCUGGCCAGCUGAGGUGCGGGGAGCACAGCGACUACGGGACGCUAACCCUGCUGUUUCAAGACAAGUGUGGAGGUCUAGAGGUGUGUUGA